AUGCUCGCCCGGCUCACAUUCACGAAAUUCGCAUCCGCGAGCAUAUUCAUCCUACUAUGUCUCUUCUUCGUUCUCUACAACCACCCCAGUAGAACGGAAAUCCCAGCACGCUCCUAUGAGCAGCCACAGACUGCCUCCCCGCGCAUUCCAGAGAAGAUCUGGUACAAGGUUGGGCCAAAAGGGCUGAGUGACCAGUCACACGAAUGGCUGGAUGACUGUCUCCACAAAAACCCUGCACAUCGCGCGCAGAUCAUGACUGAUUUGACGGGCGAUGAGUACGUCCAAGACCACUACGGCCAUCGGCCGGAUAUUGUCGACCUGUACCUUGCGCUGAGCGUGCCGAUUCUGAAAGCGGACAUGUUGCGCUAUUUGCUGCUGUUUGCGGAAGGCGGGAUCUGGUCGGAUUUGGAUGUCUCGUGUGGGGAGGUUCCUAUUAGGGAAUGGAUCCCCGAGACGCUGAGGGCGAAGGCUGGGCUGGUUGUGGGCUGGGAGUUUGAUGUUGGUUGGGGGGAGGAUAUCAUUCGGCAGUUUGAGAGUUGGACGAUUAUGGCGGCGCCGGAGUCGCCGCAUAUCUUGAUGGUUAUCAAUGAUAUUGUGGAUGCGUUUCAGGAGUUAUCGGAGAUUCAUCAAGUGCCUGUUGAGGAGUUGACGGUUGAGUUGGCGGGUGAUGUGGUCGACUUGACUGGUCCGAGGCGGUUUACUCGGGGAGUGCUGAAGAGUUUGGAGUUGAUUCGCAACGAGCCUAUCGAUAUGAAGAGUAUCUCGAAUCUCUUGGAGCCGGUUUUAGUUGAGGAUGUGCUCAUCUUGCCUGGGUAUUCAUUUGCUUCCACGACGAAUCUUUAUCCCAACAAGACUGGUCCUGCAUUGGUGACCCACCACUAUGCCGGCAGUUGGAAAAAUGAUAACGGUGGUGAGAUGUGA